CGUUUCGACGUCAUGACUGAUUGGAAGAUGUUGCCAGACUACAACUGGUGUUGAGAAUAGAUUGUUUACUUCCUUUAAUUAAAUAACUUGACGUUUACGCAGGAAGUUUUUGAAUCUAAGUCUCAUAAAAUAAGCAGAAAAAAUAUAUUUGCGUAAGGUUAACUCGUCUUACAAAAUUUGUCUACGAGUACGACUGACUAUAAGUAUAAACAUUCAGCAUGGCAGCUAUUUUAGCCCAGUUUGGAGGAAAUCCAUUUGCCACACCUGUGGGACAGAAAAUUGAGCAAGCCACCGAUGCUGCCCUAGCAUCAGAGAGUUGGGCUUUAAACAUGGAGAUAUGCGAUCUCAUCAAUGAAACGGAUGAGGGGCCUAAAGAUGCAGUCAAAGCCGUUAGAAAAAGACUGCAACAGAAUGCUGGCAAGAAUUACACUGUGGUCAUGUACACAUUAACGGUCCUAGAGACUUGUGUCAAAAACUGUGGGAAACGGCUUCACCUGCUUGUUACCCAAAAGGACUUUAUCAUGGACUUGGUGAAGUUGAUCGGACCAAAAAAUGACCCUCCUACUGUUGUACAAGAGAAGGUACUGAGUCUCAUACAGAGCUGGGCUGAUGCUUUCCUCAUGAAUCCAGAAAUGCAAGGAGUUGUCCAGGUUUAUCACGAUCUGAAACAGAAAGGUAUUGAAUUUCCAUUGACAGACUUGGACACCGUGGCUCCAAUAUACACACCGCAAAGGAGUAUUCCAUUUCAUCAAUCUGAACCUCACAGUGAGGCGGAAGGACCACCACAUCCCACGGAUCACCGUCCUCAACAACCAGAAGCUCAUCAGGUGAAUCCAAUCCAGAGUUUAAGUUCUGUAAGUUUAUCCUCUGAACAGCUGGCCAAGCUUCGGAGUGAGUUGGAUGUGGUCGAAGGAAACAUGAAAGUAUUUGGUGAAAUGUUGACGGAAAUGACCCCAGGGAAGGGCCAUACUAGUGACUGGGAACUUUUACAGGAACUACAGCGGACUUGUCGGGCUAUGCAGAGUCGUGUUGUGGAGCUGAUAGAUCGAGUGGCUAAUGAAGAAGUUACAAGUGAACUUCUGAGAACUAAUGACGAGCUGAACAAUUUAUUUCUUCGGUACGAACGUUUUGAAAAGAAAAAAGUAACAGUUGGUCAAAAUCAGCCUGUACAGACCCAGCCGAAACAGGAAAAUGUUGCUGACGACAAAUCACUUAUAGAUUUUGGAGAGAAUGGUGUCAUAAAUAAUGAGAACAUCCAAGCUCAACUAGCGGGAAUGAACUUAGGAUCUACAAAUGCCACCAGUGCAGUUGUUCAGAUAAAAACUGUGUCAGCAUCCAAUCAGCUUCAGAAUGAAAAACAGGCAGAAGUCGAUGACUUUGAUAAGUUUGCCCAAUCUCGUAACAUUCCAUGUGAACAUCCCAAGACAAGGUAA